AUGAACGACCAGAUCAAGGUAGAGCUACAGAAAGGACUUAAAUCCCGUCCAGUGUAUAUACCAGCAUGGUACCGAUAUGACGAAGAGGGGUCUCAUUUAAAUGAUGUCUGUAUAGAUCAGUGCAAGUGGUAUUAUUUUCAUCGAUUUGAAGUGAAACUUCUUACAGACGUGUUGGAUGAAAUAAUUGAUUGUGUUAAAGAGUCGAGUAUGCUUGUUGAUCUUGGAAGCGGAAAUCCAUACAAAACACGUCUGCUUAUAGAUCAACUUCUUUCAACGCAUGAACGGGUAGCCUAUGUCCCGGUAGAUAUUUCUCAAGGGUACAACGAACAAUUCCAUCUGAACUCAAUACAUCGCCUUAACAGAGAAAUGGGCGAUAAUAUUGACAUAUCCAACUUUGAAAUCAAGAAUGAAUUAGUAGUAAAGUCUUCAGAUAGUCAAUGUAGUUAUAUUAAUGUAUGGAUGGAGGCCAGACAUAAUUGUGUCUUUGAUAUAAGCAAAUUAGAUUUGACAGUAAGAUUUGAGAAAGGAGACAAACUGUACUUGCAUGAAGAAGGUGGGAUAUCUUGUAAAUAUACCAUUGAACAAAUAAGACAUUUAUUGAACAGAGCAUCACUAGGAAUCGUGGACUCCUGGGUGAAUGAACAUGUAGCAGCAGUUGUAGUUAGCCGGAAAUGA